AUGGCAAAGUACGUGCAUGACUCGUUCCAGCCAUUGGUUGGGGCCUCAGACGGAGCCACUUUUCCCCUCUUCAACCCGGCUACCGGUACCCAGAUUGCGGAGGUUCCUGAAGCAACCGAGCAAGAUGCCAACACGGCUGUCGCUGCUGCGAACCGCGCAUUCCCCGCCUGGUCGGCUCUCGAUCCGUCGAAACGCGGCGCAUGCCUGAAGAAGCUGGCCGCCUUGAUCAGAGAGAACAACGAUGAGCUCGCUCUUCUCGAGGCUCGGUCUAUGGGUCGCCCUGUCGACGACUACUUUGAAGGCUUUGCCGCAGCUGGCAAUUUUGACCACUAUGCUGAGGCCUGGUCUCAGAUUCAGGGCACCGCCUCGCUGAACACGCCGGGAUAUGUCACGAUGACGCUCCGUCAGCCUUAUGGAGUUGUCGCUGCCAUCAUUCCCUGGAACGUGCCUCUGCUGUUCCUCUCCAGCAAGACCGCGCCCGCUCUCAUUACUGGUAACACAGUGGUGCUCAAGACAAGCGAGAAGGCUCCUCUUGCUGCGGCCAAGGUCGCUGAGCUGGUCCACAAGGCUGGCUUCCCUCCAGGUGUCUUCAACAUUAUCCAUGGCCACGGCUUGCCUUCUGGCGCUACACUCGCUGCGCAUAUGGAUGUUAGAGCACUGAGCUUCACUGGCUCGAGCCGCACUGGACGCCUCAUUCAGGAAACGGCCGCCAAGACGAACUUGAAGAAGGUUAUUCUUGAGCUUGGUGGCAAGUCCCCCGUCAUUGUGUUCGAAGAUGCAGAUCUUGAGUUGGCCGUCAAAGACACAAUGCACAGUGUUCAGUUCAAUAGCGGACAAGUCUGUAUGGCCAACUCACGAGUCUACGUACAAGAAAGUAUUGCCGAAAAGUUCAUCGCUGCAUGCAAACAGAACCUUGCUGCUGUCAAGGCAGGCGAUCCUACGAAGCGUGGCACUGUCCACGGACCUCAGGCCGACAAGAUUCAGUAUAACAACGUUCUUAAGUUUAUCGAAGAGGGCAAGAAGUCUGGCACCCUUGCUCUUGGAGGAAAUGGCCAACUUGAUAGCACUGGAGGUUACUUCAUCGAGCCAACCAUUUUCCUUAACACGCCCGAGAACGCAAAGAUUAUGAAGGAGGAGGUCUUUGGUCCUGUUGUCAACAUCAACGUUAUCAAGACGGAAGAAGAGGCGAUUCGCAAGGCCAACGAUACUGAGUUUGGUCUGUACGCUGCGGUCUACACCAAGGACCUCGAGCGCGCCAUGAGAGUGUCCAAAGAACUCAACUCUGGUUAUGUCGGAAUCAACUGUACGAGUCCUAGCACUGCGAAGGACUUGCCUUUUGGAGGAUACAAGGCAUCGGGUCAGGGUAGAGAGGGUUGGCAGCAUAGCAUUGAUAACUUCUUGGAAACCAAGAGUAUCAUGAUGAAGGUUGGGGCAAAUGAUUCCAAGUUGUGA